GACAGUAUUACCAUAAACGGUCUUUACGUCUCCUCCAACCAAUUACGGUACCCAAAACCCUACUUUCGUCGAAUAUAAAUAUGCAUACAUGAUACAUUGUCCCUCGGACCCUCCUCCUACUAUACGUACUGUGUUUAAAUUUGUUCAUCAAUUAUAUCAACCAUGGUGCUCUCAAAACCAGCUUCCGAGUCCGACCUCUCGGUGCUUUCAACCUCGGCCUCUCGCUAUGUCCGGGAUUCUCUCCCGAGGUAUAAGAUGCCGGAGAACUCGAUUCCAAAGGAGGCUGCUUAUCAAGUCAUACACGAUGAGUUGCUGCUUGAUUUCAGGCCAAAGCUGAACCUGGCUUCCUUCGUCACCACUUUGAUGGAACCCGAGUGCGACAAACUAAUCAUGGAGUCCAUCAACAAGAAUUACGUAGACAUGGAUGAGUACCCUGUUACCACCGACCUUCAUAAUCGGUGCGUGAACAUGAUAGCACAUCUAUUUAAUGCUCCGCUUGGAGACUCUGAGGCUGCAAUUGGAGUUGGAACAGUGGGCUCAUCUGAGGCUAUUAUGCUUGCUGGCCUUGCAUUCAAGAGGAAGUGGCAGAACAAGCGGAAGGCCCAAGGAAAACCUUAUGACAACCCCAACAUUGUCACUGGUGCCAAUGUUCAGGUGUGCUGGGAAAAAUUUGCAAGAUACUUUGAGGUGGAGCUGAAGGAAGUGAAGGUGAGAGAAGGGUACUAUGUAAUGGACCCUGUCAAAGCGGUGGAAAUGGUGGAUGAGAACACUAUUUGUGUAGCUGCUAUCUUGGGCUCGACCUAUAAUGGAGAAUUCGAAGAUGUGAAGCUCUUAAACGAUCUCUUGCUAGAAAAGAACAAGCAAAGUGGAUGGGAUACUCCUAUUCAUGUUGAUGCGGCUAGUGGCGGAUUCAUUGCACCCUUCAUUUAUCCAGAGCUUGAAUGGGAUUUCCGCCUUCCGCUGGUAAGGAGCAUCAAUGUUAGUGGGCAUAAGUAUGGCCUUGUUUAUGCCGGAAUUGGGUGGGUUAUUUGGAGGACCAAAGAUGACCUCCCUGAAGAUCUUGUCUUCCGCAUCAAGUACCUUGGAGCUGAGCAGUCCACGUUCACCCUCAACUUCUCCAAAGGUUCUAGCCAAAUUAUUGCUCAAUAUUAUCAACUAAUCCGCAUGGGCCAGGAGGGGUAUCGUAAUAUCAUGGAGAACUGUCACGAAAACGCUAUGGCGCUCAAGGAAGGAUUGGAGAAGACCGGGCGGUUUAACAUAUUGUCGAAGGAUAAUGGGGUACCAGUGGUAGCCUUUUCUCUCAAGAAGAAGGAGGGCGGGCCUGAUGAGUUUGAGCUGUCUGAAAUGUUGCGGCGCUACGGUUGGAUUGUGCCUGCGUAUCCCAUGCCACCAGAUGCGGAGCAUGUGACGGUGCUCCGUGCUGUGAUUAGGGCGGAGUUCUCACGAACAUUGGCUGAGCGCCUUGUUCAUGACAUCACAAAUGUACUCCAUGAACUUGAUCACAAGCACCCUCCAAAACCCUGCCUGACUACUACUCGUGAUGAUCAAGAGAAACAAGUGUCAGCUGACACUGCUGCUCAUCAAGAAAAGAGAAAGACUACUGACUUGGAGACACAAAGGGAAAUCACCACAUACUGGAGGAAUUAUGUCAUUGCUCAGAAAGCAAUCAAGCGCCAAAAAGUCGUGGCCACCUAGCUAGCCUCCUAAUUAAGCUUAUUACAAAAAACCAACAUCAUUAAUUUUGAGUUUAUUUCUCUUUAAUUUAUUGUAAUGCUUCAAUUCAUUUUUGGCUACUUGAUAACGUACGUACGUACACAGUACUGACAGUUAAUUUUUGAGAUUUGCUGCUAUAAGAUAUAUAAGAUUUUUUCUUUU